CAUGUUGAUCCCCACGACCGAAACAUAAUGAUGGCCAUUGCUCUCCAAUUGCAGCAUUCAAACCUAAGUGGUCUUCCAGGCUGCCAGAGGAGAAUCACAGCAAUCCUUGACUGGAAAAUGUGUGGCUGGUAAGCGGGGUAUUGGGAAUACGUGAAAGCAUUGAAUACAAUUACACCUGUUGUAAUCUCGGUGUAUGGCCAAAACCGUUGAUUUGAUGCUGCGCAGUUGGUGUGGCUGACUUGGCCUGUACUAUAUACCAGUGUACAACUUGAUGCGGAUUGCGGGGUAUAAAUGCGGCGAAGUACCUGCUGGAACCCUCGAACUUACAAACACCAACCCGAAUAUUAUACAACGAAAGAAUGGAAUUUCCUGAGCCUCACAUUCACUUACCGCGAGGUUCGCACACGCACACAGUCAUCCUGCUCCAUGGCCGCGGCAGUAAUGGACCUGAGUUCGCCGAGGAGCUCUUCUCCUCCAUAACCUCCAAGGGCCACAAUUUGGCCUCUUGCCUCCCGAACUGGCGUUGGGUAUUUCCCACCGCUCGCAAUUGUUGGAGUGACAGGUUCCAGGAAGAACUGUGUGCCUGGUUUGACGCAUACUCCUUGGACGACAUCCAUGAACGACAGGAGCUGCAGACUGCCGGUUUGAGGGAGUCGGUCACCCACAUCCUGGGCAUCCUACACCACGAGAUAGGAAUCCUCGAUGGGAAGACCGGCCAUAUUUAUCUUGGAGGUAUCAGUCAGGGAAUGGCAACCGCCUUAUGGACAUUGUUCUGUGCCACCAACCAGAUCCACCAGCCACUUGGUGGCUUUGUGGGUUUUUGCGGCUGGUUGCCGUUUGCACGACAGGUAGAAGAACUGGUUCAAAGUUCGCAGGAAAGCCGUGCUAUCGAUGCCCUCAGCGAACAGCCGAUACAACGUUCAGUAGCUAGUUUCUUUCUCAACACAAUCUUCGGUUCCGAGGCAUCGCAGACAAAGGAAACCAUCGGCACCUUGAUCUUAUCAACGCCUGUAUUCUUAAGCCACGGGACCGACGACGACUGGGUGUCCGUGGACCUGGGUCGACAAGCAGCUCGAGUCUUACAACAUAUCAAAAUCCCUGUUCAGUGGCAUGAGUUCACUGGGGCGGAGGGGGACGGCCAUUGGGUCAAGGAGCCUGAGGGGUUUGACCAGAUUCUUCACUUUCUCGAGGCAUGCUCCAGUCACACUUAGUCAAGCCACUUGUGCAACGAAACAUUCUCCCUGGUCCUUGUCA